UUCUUCUUCUUCUUCUUCUUCUUCUUCAUCCUCCCGAGUCGCUUUCUGGGCUCUGUUUGACUGUUGCAAGUCUCAACCCGACCCCACCACACCCCCCCCCCCACACACACACACACACAUCUGCACUGUCCACCUCGCCUUUCGUCCGCUGCUUUUUCCAAUCUCGACCUCAUUCUCGGAGUUCGCCUUUCUUUCUUUUCUGUGCUCAUCCACAAACAACAACCACUACUCUCUCUUUUCUGCCACUGUUGUCAGCAAGACCAUGUCGCGUAUGAGAACGAGGUCCAACUCGUUCCAGGGCAAGCUGAUGCACGACCGGCUGCACGGCGCCUGCGAUGUGGUGGAGCAGUACUAUGGGGACGACGAGGCGGCCCUGGCAGCGGAGCUCGCAGGGAUGGCUCUUCCAGACGCACUCCUCGCUCGCAGCCACCCUGGCAGCACAAGCAGCACGCACAGCGCAAACAGCACGAGCAACAGUGCGAGUGGGAGCGCGAACGGGAGCAACAGCAAUUUGAGCUCGAGCGGUGGCAGCAGCAGCAGCAACAGCAACAGCUCGAGUCUUGCCAACAGCUCCAACAGCAGCCCCAGCGGUAGCGCCAGUAACAUUAAUAGCAUCUCAAAUCACGCCGCCACUGCCAGCCAUGGCACUGGCGGAAUAGCCAGCAGCAGCGACGCGUCCAGGCGACGAGCCAGUUCGAAUGAGACCACAACGACGACUACAACAACACCAACAACAACGACAACAACACUCACGGCAAGCGGCUCGUCGAGCCUUCCGACCAGUAGCAACAACUUUUACAGCAUACCCAGCUAUACCAGCGUGACUGCAAGCAGCAGCAACAGCACAGUCGCUGGCUUUGUGCAGUCCCCAGCAACAGGUCUUGUCGGAGCUCCAGCAACCCCAGCAGGCGGUCCCGACCAGCACCCUCCCGCACCAAUAUUGCCGCCAAAGUCCUACAUGGGUGGGAAUGCAUUGGGGUCGCCCCCGGUCGGUGCAGGCUCCGCACUAAAUGACUUUGGUUCAAACCAACAGCAGCAACAACAACAACCGCAACACCCUGCUGCUGUUGUUGGCGGUGGUCGGACUGGGUCGCAUACGCCUGCCCCACAGCAGUCUGGACUUCUGCGUGCCAAUGCGUCGCUGCCUGAGGGUCCGUGGGUCCCGCCAGCGCAUCUGCUUGCCGCCAUGGCCGAGCAGCAGGCAGCGGCCUCGGCUGGCGCUACGCCUGGAGCUGGGGCUCCUGGGUCCAUGUCGCUUCAGCAGCUGCUGCAUGAUGAGCAGCAGCAGUAUCUUGCGCAACUUCAGCAGCAGCAGCAGCAGCAGCAGCAGCAGCAGCAGCAGCAGCAGCAGCAGCAGCAGCAGCAGCCGCACGACCUCAACAACAGCAUAGGAGGAGCGCAGCCGCCGCCCCUCCCUCCCAAGCGCAAGACCAGCCGCGGCCACCAGCGACAGCCGUCGGACUUGCCAAUGCAACUAAGAGCUACUCUUUCGCUAAAGGAAGCGCUUCAGCUGCGCAGUGGCUCGUCUGCCAUUACGCCGCUCGCCAAGCUCACCCCAGAGGUCAUUGAAGAGUUCCAACUACUAGUGACGGAAUAUGUGGACGACAUGAACUGCAAUAUUCGAGAAUUCCGCGAAAGCGAGCUUUAUGCAGCCGAACGGCGCAUGCUCGAAACAAAGGCGCUUGAACUCUACUUUUACUUUGCUCAGAAGGAGGGCAACCGACGAAAUUUGACCGUCGAGGAGUUUGCCCUCAAGAGCACGGUCGAUCAUGUUGUCAACACGCUAUUCUUGCCCGAGAUCACCUCCGAAGCUGCGGCAUCAGCCGCCAUGUUUUCGCAGCCGCCGCCAACCUACCAGCAGCACCACGAGCAACAGCAGCGAUUGCAACAAGAGGCUGCCGCUGCGGCUGCCGCCGUCGCCGCUGCCGCCGCUGCUGCUGUUGCUGCAUCUGCUGCUGCAUCUGCUGCAUCGUCUGACGAGCUGGUGGACGAGCCGGAGUUUUCGGACGACCUUAUUGUUCACGCCGACGCCGCCAACGCUGCCGACUUUGCGCUGAUGGCCUCGAUCGCCAACAGCCUCCAAAAUACCGCCGUAUCGCAUGGACUGGAUCGGAGCAACUAUGGUGGAAAUAGCAAUGGCUUUGGAGAUGACGACGACGAGGACGAGUUCGAGGACGAGAGCGAGCGACUACGGCGGCAGCGCCAACUGGAAGAAGAGCACGAAGAGCGACUUUUGAUCGAGCAAGAACGACGGCUGAUGCUUGAGCAACGGCGCUUGCGGGAGAUGCAGACGCGGACAACGGCACCACCCGCCCCAAAGUGAUUGGCCCUUCUGCUGCUCCUGCUGCUGCUCCUCCUCCUCCACCUCCCCUUCAUCCUCCUCCUCCUGUCAUCUGAUAGAUUGCUACGCUGUAGUACAUCGAUGCGGUGGCAUUUUGCUUUCGUUCGUCCCCAGGCGGGCACAUGACAGAAAGCGUUUGGUGCUUUUGCUUCAUUUGCUUCCCUUUGCUUUUCUGUUCCUUCUUAUGUAUUUGUUGACUAUCUGUCGCCUUGUAUUCUUCAUUUUGUAUGCUCUGUGUGUCAGUGUGUGUUUUGAGAGUUUUGUUUUGAAUUACAG